CGCCAGUGUGUGGAGUACGCUCUGAAGGCGCAGCCCCUGCGCCGCUACAUCCCCAAGAACCGCACCCAGUACCGCGUGUGGGCCAUGGUCAACUCCACGGCCUUCGAGUACAUCAUGUUCGUCCUCAUCCUCCUCAACACCAUCGCCCUGGCCGUGCAGCACUACGAGCAGUCCAAGCCCUUCAACUACGUGAUGGACCUGCUCAACAUGGUGUUCACGGGGCUCUUCACCGUGGAGAUGGUGCUCAAGAUCAUCGCCUUCAAACCGCGGCAUUACUUCUGCGACGCCUGGAACACCUUUGAUGCCCUCAUCGUGGUGGGCAGCGUGGUGGACAUCGCCGUCACCGAGGUCAACAGCUCCGAGGACUCCUCCCGCAUCUCCAUCACCUUCUUCCGCCUCUUCCGCGUCAUGCGCCUGGUCAAGCUGCUCUCCAAGGGCGAGGGCAUCCGCACCCUGCUCUGGACCUUCGUCAAAUCCUUCCAG